AACACUUCGCGUUUCACCCGGGCGGUUGUCGUUGCAUGUCGUUGCAAUGGCAAAUGAGAAUGAUUGGCCAAGAAUUUGCCCGAGAGACGGCACAGCCAAGUGGAGCGACAACAGUUCACUGCCAGGCCUUGUAGCUGGAGAGGACUAUGAAAACUGCGUUAGAUUCAGACUAACAGGUUCUGAACGCAAACAGGAUGCAGCACGAGUUGAGGCCUGGCUUAAAGAGGACCAAAUCAUGUCACUGCGGGAAUUGGAGCAGGAAGCGGCCGAGGCUUCGAAGAAAAAUGUUGGGUGGAAACUACAGCAGCGAUUGUUUGGCACAACAAAAGAAAGUCAAGCAGGCUCCAAUUAUCGUGUAGCGGAGGCUGACGCGGUGCUAGAGGAGGAAAAAGACCUGGUUCAAAGCUUGGGCGAGGGUGCAGAGUUACUGCAUGGAAGUGGAAGCGCCCCAGCUCAUACAGUUGUGGAAGCCACAAACCAUGGUGCCCUUUUCUACCGCAAGUGCUUCCAGCUUGAGAAAUACUUGACCAUGUGCGCAGCAGUGGAUUGCUUGCCCCCAGCUGCAGUACUCGUGAUCAACAAGAAGCCAAUUCGGUGCAGCGAGGAGUGGCUACAGGCCAUCAACAAGUUCCCUGUCCUGAAGGAUUUGCCUUUCAGUAUUCUGUAUUUCCCGCAUUCCCUGAACAUUACACAGCACCAGCAAAGAAUUGCAGAGAAAGAUCAGAUGAUCGCAGAGAUGAUCGCAGAGAAAGAUGAGAUGACCAAGCGGAUAACCUUUCUUGUGUUUUGUCUCGUCCUUUUGGUGGCAUAUCUCUUGCGCAUUCAGUUGUUUACCGCAAGUGCACCUCGCGGGGAGCUUUGAUUGUGUUUCACAGCCCAUACAGAGGUGCCAAAACGGAGAGUUGGAAAA